AUGGAUGCUAAACCAGUUGCGGCAUGGGACCAGCUUGCCGAAACCUGGGACACGUUGAUGGGAACUCCAGGCAACGAUUACUACACUGUCAUCGAGCUGCCUGCAUUGGAACGCCUGGUGCAGCCAAAUCCUGGAGAUUGUGCCUUGGAUCUUGCCACGGGGAAUGGCCUUGUAGCGCACUGGAUGGCCCAAAAAGGGACCAGCGUCCUCGCAACAGAUGGCAGUCCCGCUAUGGUCGCGAAAGCUCAAGCCCGACAGUCAAAGAGACUCGAAGAAAAUGGGGAAGUCAAAGUCUCAUAUCAGAUCCUCGACGUGACAGAUCCACAGCAUUUUGACGAACUUAUUCAGUCUCGAGGUCUUGGGGCCGGGGGAGCAUUUGAUAUCAUCACGAUGAAUAUGGCAAUCAUGGAUGUCUCUACCUUAGAGCACCUUGCUAAUGCACUGCCUAAAUUAUUGAAAAGGGAUGGGGCCGUCGAAUAUAAGGACAAUCCCGAGUCAGGCCGAGAGGAGGUGUUUCAUUCCUUGAAGAUGACCAAAUACUUGCACGUUCCACCCUACAAAGGCGUCGCAACUCAAUCCCAGCCUCACCCGCAGCUAUACUUCCACCGUCCAAUGCACGAAAUCUUUGCUCCAUUCUUUAAGGCAGGCUUAGUCCUGGAUGCUCUGGAAGAGCCAAAUUUCGACGAGGCAUAUGUAAAGGCAAGGGACUUGGAUAUAGGAUCGCUCCGGCAGUUCACACAGUUCCCUAAAAUUCUUGCCUUUAGAAUGAAGAUUGCGUGA